UUUAUUUAGGAGUGAAUUGAGUUAGUAAAAAUUCCCCAGAAUGCCGAAUGUGCAUUAGACAAUUAUCCAGGGGCAUUAUGGGCAUAUGACAAAUAUCAGCCUUUGCGCAUUCUGUUAUGGUUGCUCUGCAUAUUGACGUUUCGAGAACACGAAGAAAACAGGAAAUCAAUACAACAAUGGGAGAAUCAUAGAAAGAGAAAGCUUCACAGAGGAGAGAGAGAGAGAUAGAGAUAGAGAGAGAGAGACAGAGGAAUUUGAUAUUACAUUCCUUAGGGCAAGGAUAAAUAGUUGCAGAGGGAGGGAUUUUUGGUUCUUCUGCCCUUGUAACCUUAAUUAUACGUACACGCAUACACACACACACAAACAUACAUACAGAGAGAGAGAUUUAUAUUAGGGUUGGCAGCCACAAUUACAUUCAUCAGGGACGGGGUUUCCGUGCGAUUUUGAACCCUCAUUUUCGUAUAAUAGUAUUUAUAGUCUGAUAUUGUUCAUCGAGGAAAAGGGAAUAUAAAGGAAAUUCGAUAUAUUGGGGGGUAUUAGCGUGUAUUCGUUGGAUACACGCAAAUACAUGUCGCUGGUUAUACAUAUUUGUGCAUGGUUGGAAGAAAUCUUUGAUGGGUUCAUACACAUUGGCCGUUUGAGAAUAAAUAAUUUGGGGUCUGACUGCCCUUAAUCGCCAAAAUGACUGUUUCGUCCAGUAUAGCAGUUGGAUCUCAUGUGUGGAUAGAGGACUCUGAGGAAGCUUGGUUGGAUGGGGUCGUGAUUGAAGUUGACGGUGAAGAAAUUAAAGUAGAGUGCACAUCAGGAAAAAUCGCAGUAGCCGCUGUCGCAAAUGUGCACCCAAAAGAUCUCGAUGCUCCAUCAUGUGGCGUGGAUGAUAUGACAAAGCUUGCUUAUCUGCAUGAGCCAGGCGUGCUGUUCAACUUGAGAUGUAGAUACGAUGUGAACGAAAUAUAUACGUAUACAGGUAACAUUUUGAUAGCGGUGAACCCCUUUCAAAGGCUACCUCAUCUUUACAGUAAUGAUAUGAUGGGACAGUACAAAGGGGUGGCUCUUGGGGAUCUUGCCCCCCAUCCCUUUGCUAUUGCAGAUGCUGCUUAUCGGCAGAUGAUUAACGAGGGAAUAAGCCAGGCAAUAUUGGUGAGUGGAGAGAGUGGAGCUGGUAAAACGGAAAGCACUAAGAUGCUCAUGCAGUUUCUAGCACAUAUGGGAGGCAGAGUUGCUGCUGAGGGAAGAACAGUUGAGCAGCAAGUACUCGAGUCGAAUCCUGUAUUGGAAGCAUUUGGCAAUGCAAAGACAGUGAGAAAUAACAAUUCAAGCCGAUUCGGCAAAUUUGUGGAGAUUCAGUUUAAUAAUAACGGUAGAAUCACUGGUGCUGCAAUCAGAACUUAUUUGCUCGAAAGGUCGCGUGUUUGCCAGGUGUCGGAUCCUGAAAGAAACUACCAUUGCUUUUAUAUGCUCUGUGCUGCACCUAAAGAGGAUACUGAAAAAUACAAAUUGGGGAAUCCUAGGAUGUUUCGUUAUUUAAAUCAGUCGAAUUGCUAUGAAUUGGAUGGAGUUGAUGAAACCAAAGAAUAUCUUUCUACAAGGAGGGCCAUGGAUAUUGUCGGGAUCAGUUCCGAUGAGCAGGAUGCAAUUUUCCGAGUUGUCGCGGCAGUUCUUCACUUGGGUAAUAUUGAGUUUGCAAAAGUAAGUGAAAGUGAUGCUUCACAACCAAAGGAUGAUCAGUCUCAAUUCCAUUUGAAAACGGCAGCUGAUCUCCUAAUGUGCAAUGAGGAAUCUCUGGAAGAUUCUUUGUGCAAACGGGUAAUGGUUACACGUGAUGAGACCAUAACAAGAAGCCUGGAUCCGGAAGCUGCAGCUAUUAGUAGAGAUACUUUAGCUAAAAUUGUCUACUCGAGGUUGUUUGAUUGGCUGGUGAACAAGAUUAACCGCUCCAUUGGACAAGAUCCCGAUUCGAAAUUCUUAAUCGGGGUGCUGGAUAUUUAUGGCUUCGAGAGUUUCAAGACAAACAGCUUUGAACAAUUUUGUAUAAAUUUGACUAACGAGAAACUGCAGCAACAUUUUAAUCAGCAUGUUUUCAAGAUGGAACAAGAGGAAUAUACACGAGAAGAAAUUGAUUGGAGUUACAUAGAGUUUGUCGAUAAUCAAGAUAUUCUUGAUCUUAUCGAAAAGAAACCUGGUGGCAUUAUUGCUCUUCUCGACGAGGCUUGCAUGUUUCCAAGAUCUACAUACGAGACGUUUGCUGAGAAGCUGUACCAGACAUUUAGAGACCACAAGCGUUUUACCAAGCCCAAGUUGUCACGAAGUGACUUCACCAUCGGCCAUUAUGCAGGAGAUGUGACUUACCAGACAGAACUGUUUCUGGACAAGAACAAGGACUAUGUGGUAGCUGAACAUCAGGCUCUCCUUAGUGCUUCAAGUUGCUCCUUCGUCUCUGGCCUUUUCCCACCUUUACCCGAGGAAUCUUCUAAAUCAUCAAAAUUCUCUUCUAUUGGUUCUCAAUUUAAGCAACAACUGCAAUCGUUGCUUGAGACGCUUAGUGCAACAGAGCCACACUAUAUUCGUUGCGUUAAGCCUAAUAAUCUUCUAAAGCCGGCUAUAUUUGAGAACUCUAAUGUACUCCAGCAACUUCGUUGUGGGGGGGUUAUGGAGGCAAUCAGGAUAAGUUGUGCUGGAUAUCCCACUCGGAAAACGUUUGAUGAAUUCAUUAACCGUUUCAAGAUCAUUGAGCCUAGUGUCUUAAAUGGAAGUUAUGAUGAGAUUGCUGUUUGUCGAAAAAUUUUGGAGAACUCUGGCCUAAAAGGUUAUCAGAUUGGGAAAACAAAAGUGUUUCUGAGAGCUGGUCAGAUGGCAGAACUAGAUUCUCAUCGGACGAGGAUUCUUGGAAGAUCUGCAUGUGUAAUCCAGAGAAAAGUUCGUUCAUAUUUGGCACGCAAAAGUUUCAUCUCGUUACGCAUGUCAGCUGUACAAGUCCAAGCUUUCUGUAGAGGGCAAGUUGCUCGCCAUAAAUAUUGGCACCGGAGGAGAGAUGCUGCUGCUUUGACCAUCCAGAAAGAAGCACAGAGAUUUCUUGCUAGAAAAGCUUAUGCACUUUUGUCCGCUUCUGCAAUUCUCAUUCAAGCAGGUAUGAGAGGGAUGGCUGCUCGAACUGAACUCCUAUUUAGAAAGCAAACUAAAGCAGCUGUCCUCAUCCAGAGUCAUUUUCGAGGAUUCUUGGCCUGCUCUCGUUACUUGUGGUUGAAGGCAGCAACAAUUGCUACUCAGUGUGCUUGGAGAGGAAGAUUGGCUCGCAAACAACUACGAAUGCUUAAAAUGGCUGCAAAGGAAACGGGAGCGCUGCAAGAAGCGAAAAUCAAGCUGGAAAAACAAGUUGAAGAAUUAACUUUGGAACUGGAGUUGGAGAAACAGAUUCGAGCGGACAUUGAGGAAGCUAAAAAUCGGGAAAAUGCAAAACUACAAUCUGCUUUGGAUGAAAUGCAAAUGCAGUUUGAAGAAACUAAAAAACAGCUGGUUAAGGGAAUUGAAGAUGCGAAGAAAACAACAAACGAGCAAGUUCAAGUUCAAGAGGUCCCUGUUGUUAUUGACAGUGAACUGGUUGAUAGGCUAACCGAUGAAAAUGAAAAGCUGAAGUCUUUAGUAAAUUCUCUGGAAAAGGGGAUCGAAGAAUCGAACAAGCUUAGUGAGGAUCGAUUAAAGCAAGCUUUGGACGCAGAGUCAAAGAUAAUUCAACUGAAAACUGAAAUGCAGAGGCUUGAAGAGAAAAUAUCGGAUAUGGAGGAAACUCAGGACCAGAUGCGAAAGCAGUCUUUGACAAAUAUUCCCUCGCGGAAAAUGUCUGGACGAAUAUCUCAACCCACUCAGCCUUUGGAGAAUGGUGAUCAUGAACCACAAAGUGUAAGACCUAAUAAAGCAUAUGGCUCUGAAUCUAGUAAAAAUCUGAGCAAAUCGAAUAUACAAAGACAGCGUGAGAGUACAGAUGUUUUACUUAAGUGCAUAACAGAAGAUCUUGGAUUUAGUGAAGGAAAACCGGUUGCCGCAUUCACCAUUUACAAAUGCCUCGUUAACUGGGGAUCCUUUACAACUGAGAAAACUAAUGUUUUUGAUCGGCUUAUUCAGAAAAUAGGUUCAGCAAUAGAGGUGGAAGAGGCAAACAACGAUUACAUGUCUUACUGGCUUUCGAAUACGUCCACACUGCUCUAUUUACUUGAGCAAACUUUAACAGAUACAAUUUCAACUCCUGGAAAACCUCCCCAAUCUUCGUUUUUUGGAUGGAUGAGUUUUCGAUCAUCCCGUUCUUUCUCAAUACGAAAGGUGGAGGCCAAGUAUCCUGCUUCACUUUUCAAGCAACAGCUAACUGCUUAUGUUGAGAAGAUUUACGGAAUCGUUAGGGAUAACUCUAAGAAGGACUUAUUAUCUCUCCUUUCUUCUUCUUCGUCUAUCCAGGCACCCAAGUUGUCAAGUGAAAACUCGGAAUCCGUCAACACUAAUCAUUGGCAAAGCAUCAUCGAGAGCCUAAACGGGCUUCUAACUACUCUGAAAAAUAAUUUUGUUCCUCCUGUCCUGGUACAAAACAUAUUCACUCAGAUUUUCUCUUACAUCAACAUUCAGCUCUUCAAUAGCCUCCUCCUCCAUAGAGAAUGCUGUACUUUUAGCCAUGGGGAAUCCAUAAAAGCAGGGCUAGAUGAACUAGAACUCUGGUGUACUCAGGAACAAGAGUACGCAGGCUCAUCAUGGGAUGAAUUAACACGUGUACGGCAGGCUGUAGGAUUUCUGGUCAUACACCAAAAAUCACGAAUAACCUACGAAGAUCUAACUACUGACCUGUGCCCUAUACUAAGCCCUCAACAACUACAUAGAAUUUGCACACUUUAUUGGGAUGAAGACUUCAAUACACAAGGCGUAUCUCCAGAUGUAAUUUCUAGCAUGAAGGUAUUUAUAACAGAGGACGCUACUGAUGCUGAUGCUGAUGCUGAUGAUACUUCAUUUUUAUUGGAUGACACUUUGAGUAGCAUCAUCCCCUUCUCAGUCGACGAUAUUAGCAAUUCUCUUCGUCAAUCAGAUUUCACGCUCGUAAAACCUGCAGCACAACUCGCUGAAACUCCAGGUUUUGAAUUUUUAUUACAGGGGCAAGGCUGAGAUCUUUUAUAUCGUUCAAUGUAUAUCGAUUUUUCCCCGAUUUUUUCAUUUUU